AUGGCGGAAUCUACAACAGAUGAACACCGCCCAGAAGGCUAUGACGAGGACUUUGUGGAAGCCGUUGAUCAAGAUUUGCAGUGUUUGAUAUGUCAUUUGCCCCUUAAAGAGCCAAUUCAAACGAGAUGUGGCCACAGAGUUUUUAAAGAUUGCCUUGAGGAAUACAUCAGAAGGUACAAGUUUAUGAUAAACAAAAUCCUUCUGAUAAUGGAUCCUUGUGGUCUCGUUUUCUGUUUCAAUACAUAUUCUUAUUGAUAUUCAUUAUCCCUCCCACUUAAAGUUUACAUCCUUUAACAGGGCAUCAUAACCAGAUCAUUAAAAGCAUGAAAUAUUUUGCCAAAUCAAUUUUCAAUCAUUAAAAUGGUUAAUGAUGUUCGCUAUAUAACAUUUCGAGGGUUGAUGAAACAGCGAUAGACAUCCGCCGCUAUCAAUACCUCCUCAACGGGUAAUUGAUAAAAAUUUUUCACCUCAGAAAAAAAUUGCUUAAACUACCACGAACUAGCGUAUCAUUAAGCGACCCAUUCUCAAAAUUUUCCUCGUGGAAAAUCUGAAGACAGUCUAAGAAGUAAUCAAUAGCUCGUAACCCGAUGGAUAAAUUUUCUUUCAGCUUCAAAAGAAACCAAUUCAAAGAAAGUAAGAUUUAUAUGUUGUUUAUCAAUUUAUCAGCAUCUUCAAAAUAAAUUUGAACACUGUAUGCCACAAAUUUGGUAAAAGUGCUAUAAGCCAAUAUUUAGAUUUGUCCGAUUUGCUUUGAAAAUUAAGUCAAGUUAAUUCCAGCACUGUAAAGUGGCCAAUCUUUUUUCUGGCAAUUCUGUCUUUCUGUAUUUUAUCCCUACCCGUACUCUACUUUAAAAUGACCAAACUUAUCUUCAACUGCGGAUUACUUUUAAAACUACGCAGCCCUACCCUUUGUUUAUCAGUCAGGAGAUACGCGUAACCGAUAACCAAAGGUACAAACGAAUAUUCGUUUAACUUUGCAAAAAGUAGACGAUGUUCAACGAAUAUUUCUAUCCCUUUUGUUCGUGAAUUUAUUCAUUUGUUUUACGUGAUUCAGGUUUCAACAGUGAAGACGAAUGUCCGCCAAGUAUAAUUUCCUGUCCAUAUGCGCUUAUGGGCUGUCAAAUGAAGGUGAAAAAAGACAGUCGUAGAUGUUAAGAGUAAAGUGUUACAAGGCUGUUUCCAAGAUAGAUGAAAUAACCAGGAAGUAUAUGAAUCCAGCAGUCCAUACAUCUAUGCAUGCAACCGCAUUCUAGUCACUCUGAGCUAUAUUGCAUCAAGGAUAUGUUCCCAAAGUAACAAUAAAUUUACGCCAAACAGAGAAAUUCCCUCUACUUCCUACUUUUUUUUUUCUUUAUUUACGUGUCGUGUUGAAAGUUGCUGCAUAAAGGCUGCCAAUGGAAAAUUGCUGUGAUUUUGGGCUUCAAAGACUUCGGGAACGGAACCACUUGAAAUUAAUGCGAAAAAUAGAAAUUCUUGUUCUCCCGGUUUUCAAAACUUCAUGUAGAAAUCCAUAUUUCAAAUGUUCACAAUCCCACUAUCCACUUUCAUCUGUUUGAGAAUAAAAACCAAUAAAUUCUCUCAGUAUUUGACCAAACUCAUUUAAUGACUCCCUGGAACUAACAUUUGAUGACAAGAAAUCCGAGUACUGUAUUGAAGAGGCUAUGUAAUAAGAGAUUCUUCUAUUCUUGUAGAUUCAACGACAAGCAGCGGAAUCUCAUCUAGAAUCUGCCACAAGAGUCCAUCUUGACUUAGUUAGCGUCAAUUUGCGUGAAACAGAAGUGAAGUAUGGGUAUAGAGAAGUCAAGCUGAACAACACAGAAUCAAAGCUAAAGUGA